AUGAAUGUUACAACAACUAUUGAGCUUGAUAAAGGUGAACCUGAUACAAGUAUGAUACCCUAUGAUCUUGUUAUAAAAGCUACGGAAGAGAUAUUUGCUGAUGAAAACGGUAGGAAUCAAGGAACCUAUUGGGGUUAUCCAUGUUAUGCAGGCAAUAUAGAAUUUCGUCAACAUAUAGCAGAUUUCUUGCGUCAGACAUGUUCAGUUUCUACACUGACCUUUGAAAAUAUCUUUAUUACAAAUGGUGUUUCAGCCAUACUUGAUCAGUUAUGUACAAUGUUUUUAAGAGCCGGUGAUACUGUACUUGUUGAAUGUCCAACAUAUUUAUAUACAUUAGAUCUUUUUCGUGAUCAUCAUGUACACAUUGUAUCGUGUUCAACUGAUGAAGAUGGACUUAUAUUAGAUUCAACAUUUGUAACGGAUAUAUUAGAACGAAAAAAACCUAAAAUGAUUUAUCUAAUACCAACAUUUCAAAAUCCUGCUGGCUUCACAAUGUCACAUGAACGUCGUGAACAACUUGUGAAAUUAAGUGUAAAAUAUAAUUUUAUAAUUGUAGCUGAUGAAGUAUAUCAUCUUCUAAAUUAUGAUAAAAACGAUCACCCAAAAACAUUUGCUAGUUAUCAUAAUGAAAGAACAGUUAUUGCACUUCAUUCAUUUUCAAAGGUUCUUCCACCAUCCUUACGCUUAGGUUUUGCAUGUGCACAUCAAGAACUUGUUCAUGCAAUGAGUCAAUAUGGAAUGAUAGAGAGUGGUGGUGGUGCAAGUCCUUUUGUUUCUGGAAUUGUUGAUCGAAUUUUAGAACAAGGUUUAUUAAAAAAAUUUCUUGAUGAAAAAUUAUGCGUCGAAUAUAGUAAACGAAUGCAAGUAUUACACGAUGAAUUAAUGAAAACAUUUAGUAAUGAAAAUAUUACUUGUCGACAACCAUCCGGUGGUUAUUUUCUUUGGGUAAAAUUCAAUGAUACAACAGUUGAUUGUGAUCAACUUCUAGUUAUUGCACAAAAACAUGGAGUUAAAUUUCAACCUGGACGAUUAUUUGCUCAUAGUACAAAAGCUAAAGCAGAAUUAGUUAAUUAUCUUCGUCUGUCGAUUUCUAUUACUGAUUGUGAUGGAUUAAAGGAAGCUUGUAAAGAAGAUGAAACAGCACUACGUAUUUUUUCUGAUCCUCAUAGAAAAAUUUUGCAACGUGGUGGAACCGAAGGUCUUAUUAUAGCUGUUCUGAAAUCAUUAGGACCAUUGAAUUACCUAUAUAUUUGGCAUGAUAAUAGUGGUCAACGUGAUAAAACAUCAUGA